UUUAUAGUCCUUUCAGUUCAUUCCUUUUUCUUUUUUCCCUUUCUCCUCACACAUUUGAUACUGCCACGACGACAGUAACUUUGGCUAUUUUCAUUCCAUCCAUCCAUAUUACGUCAAAGUAAACUAAAAAAGAAGAUAAAAAAAAAAAUGUUGAACGCUGUUAUUCGAAGCACGACCAGAGCCCCUCUUUCAACCUAUUGCUGUCGUCAACUUUUGUACAGACGACAACCCCUCGCCGCGAGUACGAAUGUUUUGUUAAAGAACCAACGGCUUCACACCACUUCUAAACGCAAUCAAUACGAGCAAGAUUUCCAACAACAUCCUUUUAUUCAAAAAUUAAAGCAGAAUCCACAUAUAACACAACAAAUUAUGGAGUUAUCUAUCACUCUACAGAGCAAAGGUUUGACAGACACUUCCAAUCCUUAUUCGCAGAUGCUUAAAAUUAUGAAGGAUAGUGAUUUGAGAAAGAAAAUGACACAGUUGACGGAGGAUAUGAAAAUUGCAGGCCUUACAUUGGACAUGAAAUCACUCCAAGAAUUACAGGAGAUGAUGAUGAAGCAGCAAAAAGAUUUACAAGCUACUAUGACGCCUGAGCAAAUUAAUGAAAUUCAGCAAAAAUAUAAGGAACAACAGGAACAGCAGCAACAGGAACAUCAACAAAACCAAGAGAAUGCAGGUGUUUGGGAUAAAGUGAAAGGUUUAUUCAAAUAAAUAUUGGAUAUCUUCAACAAUAUUACUUUACAGUGUUUGUACACU